CUACUCAAUAGCUACUAAAGAGUCACUGCUCUAUAUAAAGAGUAACAGUUACAAGUCUAGAAAGCCUCAGAAUCAGAAGAGAGUACAUGAGUUUCCUCUCCUGCUUCUUUUGUGCUUCUUAACAUUUAUUGUUAUACACAUCACUACAUAAUAAUACAUAGCAAACAUAAAGCUCUCAAAUGGAGAGGUUUCAAGGACAAAUCAACCCUUGUUUUCUUGAUAGAAAAACAGAUGCAAGAAGCCUAGAAGUUCAAGGGUUUGCAGAGGCACAAAGCUUUGCCUUUAAAGAAGAAGAAGAGGAAGAGAGCAUGCAAGAUACAGUGCCAUUUCUACAGAUACUGCAAAGUGAAGAACCGAGCUUUCUAAGGCUAUUGUCUCUUCAGAACCUCAAAGAGACUUGGGAAAUCGAAAGGUUUCUUUCACACGAGGGUUAUCCACACUUUUAUCAGAACCAAGUUUCAGCAUCAUCCAUCGAAGGAACGAAACAAGCUUUGUCUAGUCAAGAAGCAGACGUGAUACUCCUCCGUUCUAGUUCUUCCCCAACACAACACAAGCGCAAGAACAGAGACUUGCUGGCUCCUUAUAUGACUCGAGAGAAGAGGAAGAGGAGGAAAACUAAACCAAGUCAAAACAUUGAAGAGAUAGAGAAUCAAAGGAUAAACCACAUUGCUGCUGAACGAAACCGACGGCGACAGAUGAAUGAACAUAUCAACUCUCUCCGUUUACUUCUCCCACCUUCUUACAUCCAACGAGGAGACCAAGCAUCCAUAGUGGGAGGAGCAAUAAACUACGCGAAGGUCCUCGAGCAAAUCAUACUAUCACUUGAGUUGCAAAAGAGAACGCAACAUAGUAGAGUAGAAAACAGAGUUCAUGAAGAUGAAACUUGCGCCCCAAGAAUCGAAGCCACAUUGAUACAAAACCACGUUAACCUUAGAGUUGUAUGUCGGAAGAAACAAGGACAGCUUAUAAAAGGAAUCAUCUCACUCGAAAAGCUUCGACUCACUGUUCUUCAUCUCAAUAUCGCGACUACGUCUCAUUUACUUGUCUCUUAUCGCUUCAACCUCGAGAUGGAGAAUGGUUGUGAACUUGAAUCAGCCAACGACAUAACAAAGGCGGCACAUCAGAUCUUUGAUAUUUGAUUAAAAUAAUUAGUAAAAAUAAAAAUAAAAAGCCGACAAUUUUUUUUCGUUCUUUCAUUUUCUGACAGACGAAAUUUAAAUUCUGUUUUGUUAGUAUAUUAUUUGGAAUUUUGGAUUAUUCGAUCAUGUUUUGAGACUUUGGGAGUUUCGAAUGGUUUAGGGUCCCAUCUAAUUAAAGUUUGACCUUAUGCUUAUUUAUGAUAAUUCAUCAAUCAUGGUUUGA